AUGCCUCUUUCUGUGCAAGAGUACCGUAUAGGACAGCUGUACAUGGUGGUGCGUGUGAGUGAGAGGGAGAGUGACAAUAGCGAUGGUGACGGAGUGGAGGUGCUGUGUAACGAGCCCUUUAGCAGGCGGAGAGGGGGAGGAGGAGGAGGAGGAGGAGGAGGAGGAGGAGGAGGAGGAGGAGGAGGAGGAGGAGGAGGAGGAGGAGGAGGAGGAGGGGAUGGAUCAGCAUGCACUGCUGCUAGCGGCAGCAGCAAGAGCAGCAGCAGCAGGGAUAGCGGGAAGAGUGAUGGGCCCAAGAACUUGGGGGGGCAGAGCGAGGGGGCAGGGACUGCUGUGAUGAAGGAUGGAUUGCAAACUGGCUGUGAGGGAGAAAGUGAGGGGGGCGAAGGGACGGAGGGAAACGAAGGGGCUGGAAUGGGUGAUGGGAAGGAGAGGGAGGAAGGGGGUGAUACAGAGGAGGGGAAGCUGCCGGCAUGGAUAGCAGCCCUGGUCCCCCGGCGGGCCCUGCGAGUGGAGGAGAAGGCCUGGAAUGCGUAUCCCCACUGCGUCACUGAAAUCACAAGCCCAUUCUUUGGCAAGUUUAUGCUGCGAGUGGAGUCACUCUACACCAACGAUCACCACCCGCGCCACAAUGCCCUCUCCCUCCCACCUGACAUGCUGGCACGUCGCACAGUGGAAACACUGGAUAUAACAGAGGGAGGUAGCGAGGAGGGCAAGACGGGGAGGGAACGGGAAGGGCUGAGAGCUGACGGUCAGUGUGAGGAUGGUGCGAUUUCCAGUGGGAGUAGCAGCAGCGGGAGCAGCAGCGGCAGUGGCGGCGGUAGCGGCAGUGGUAGUGGCAGCGGGGUGUCAAAUCAUCCGUCUACGUUUGUUUCGGCCAAGACUGGCAGAGGGCCUUUCAAGCCAGGAUGGCAGGCGCACAGCUCGCCCCUCAUGACAGCAUACAAGGUGAUGACAGUGGACGUGCCCUACUGGGGCUUUGGCUCUCGCCUGGAGAAGUACAUUGCCAAGGUGCUGCAGAGGAGGCUGUGUCUGGAGACGAACCAGGCAGUGGCGUGCUGGAUGGACGAGUGGAUAGGGCUGUCAGAGCAGCAGGUCAGGGCCAUGGAGGAGUGCACAUUCUCUCGCAUCAACAAG